GAGUCUAAGAAGAAAGACCAAGUGAAAAAAGACAUCUAAAGAAAACACUUUCUAUGUCAACUCUUUCCACCCAACCUAUCAUCUCAACUGGUGGGUUCUAUGCGUGCUGUGCUGUGCAGGAGGUUGCUUUUGGGCUUGACCAAGUCCGCUUUCUACAUGUGAAGCUCCCUGGCGGUGGCAGGCGUCUCAACCGUGGUGAAACCUGGCAGAUUAAUGUGGCCACUGGCACAACACAAGCCCGUAUUUGGGCUCGAACCAAUUGCCAAUUUGAUGGCUCUGGAAGAGGCAAAUGCGAGACAGGAGAUUGCCAAGGACUCCUAGAAUGCAAAGCCUAUGGAUCUCCACCCAACACGCUGGCUGAGUACGCCCUUGGCCAGUUUAACAACCUGGACUUCAUUGACAUGUCCAACAUCGAUGGGUUUAAUGUUCCCAUGGAGUUCAGCUCCGACUCUCCCCAGUGCAAUCGUGUGAUCAAGUGUACUGCAGACAUUGUGGGACAGUGUCCGGGGCCGUUAAAGGUACCAGGAGGGUGCAAUGGACCAUGUCCAGUGUUCAAGACUGAGGAAUACUGUUGCAAUUCCGGUAAAUGUGGACCUACAAACUACUCUAGAUUUUUUAAGGAAAGGUGUCCAGAUGUUUACAGCUAUCCUAAAGAUGAUCAAACCAGUACGUUCACCUGUCCGAAUGGAACUAACUACAAGGUUAUAUUCUGCCCUUGAAAGCAGAUAGCUAGAAGGCUGUACGAAUAGCAAUAUGUGUGGAAAAUUAAAAAUAAAAGUUUGAAAAUGGCUAUAGUUAGUCAUUUUGAGCACAUCUCCUGAUGUAGUGAUGUGCCCUCAUGCUGUUGUUCCAAUAAAUUAAAUAAUUCCAC